AUGCGCGCGAACGGCUUCGCAGGUUGGCUUUACGUGCCAUUGGCGCUGCUUUCGCGAACGCAUGUUUUCGCUUCUGACCUGUGCCUGAGGUCAGGUAUUGCUAACGAAAGCCGUGCGUACAUACAGGACGAGCGUGGACAAGAUCUCUCCAUAGGCAUCUUCGCAUACAAGCGAUCAUCUUCCCUUGUGCAAUCGCACAUUGCCGCCAUCUUGAUCUCCGAGCAGUUGGGCUACCAUGUGGAGCUCAAGUACGAGAACCUGGGGCCAUUUGAAGCGCAGUCAUGGCUGUCGUGCAAAGAUCUGAAUUUUAGUGCUGGAUGGCUGUCUGAUUCUCUGUGCAUCCCUGGCGAGAAUCGAGCUCACAUCGCUUUGGACACAGGCUUCGGGGCUCUGCCCUACGAGCUCUACUUUACCAACCUUUUCCGGUAUCACAGUCGAGAGCGCAUCUUCAUGAAAAGAUCUCAGGUAGACGUGGCUUUGCAGGACGGCUUCAUCCUGAACUUGCACGGCAGCUACAACACUACGCUUCACGAUCCGAGGAAAUACUUCGAUGGCAUUGACGCGUUGAAUACCACUGAUCUUCUUCCCUGCAACCGCACAAUCAAUCGCAGGCUGCCCAUCGCUCCUGAAUUGGAGUCUUACGUUAAUUGGACUGGCGACACAGGUGGAGUCACGCAAGACGCAGACGGAACCAAGACAGUCUUUUGCCCAAAUGGGCAUGUCUGGGUCGCACCGGCUUGCCGCAACAAUGUGACAAGCUGCAUUGCGAUGGCGACUUUUUGGAGCUUGCCUUUGAUCUCCAUAAUGCACUGGCCGCUCUUUCAAACUGGCCCCAAAGUCCAACAUAAACCAAGCCACCCGGGCACUACCCAAGGCCCACGACAUGACUCCUUCUUAAGAUGA